AUGCCGGCCAAAGGUCCACUUCAGUCAUUCCAGGUCUUUGGGAGUAAGAAAACAGCAACUGCUGUUGCCCACUCUAAAAGAGGGAUUGGCUUAUCAAAAACGUUGGAGCCAGUACUUCUGUUGGGCAAGGAAGGAAUUGCUGGAGUUGACAUCAGAGUUCCUGUGAAGGGUGGUGGUCAUGUGGCUCAAACUUAUGCCGUCCUUCAAUCCAUCUCCAAAACAUUAUUUGCUGAUUACCAGAAAUACGUAGAUGAAGCUUCGAAGAAGGAGAUCAAGGACAUCCUCAUUCAGUGUCACUGGAACCGGUUGAUUGCUGAUCCUUGUCGUUGAGGAGCAAAGAAAUUUGGUGGAACUGGUGCCCCUGACCGUUACCAGAAGUCUUACGGUUAAAUAUUAUUCAAUAAUAAUAAUAAAAAUAAUCCUUCCAAAAC